AUGACCGGAAAGCUGUAUGGAAACAAAGACAACUUCAGAACCCAAAAGGUUCUGAUUGCUGCAAAACUCGCCAACAAGACCGUCACUCUUGCCGGAGACUCUGCUCCAGCUGACAAAUUCCCACUCGGAGUUACCCCAGCAUUCGAGGGAGAUGCUCUUCUCUUCGGAGCUGAGUCCAUCGGACUUCACUUGACCGGAGCUUCCGCCAACGCCGAAACCGUUCAAUGGCUUCAAUUCGCCGAGGGAUACCUUCUCCCAGCUGUUCUCGGAUACGUCCUCCCAUCCGUAUCGGCCGCUAACUUCGAUAAGAAGACUGUUGAGCACUACAAGAAUGAACUCAAUGGACAACUCCAAGUUCUCGACCGCGUUCUCGUCAAGAAGACCUAUUUGGUUGGAGAGCGUCUUUCCCUUGCUGAUGUUUCCGUCGCUCUUGAUCUCCUCCCAGCUUUUCAACACGUCCUCGACGCUAGCGCCAGAAAGUCUAUCGUCAACGUCACUCGUUGGUUCAGAACUGUUAUCAACCAGCCAGCCGUGAAGGAAGUCCUCGGAGAGGUCGCUCUUGCCACAUCUGUUGCCCAAUUCAACCAGGCCAAGUUCACCGAGCUCAGCGCCAAGGUUGCCAAGUCCGCUCCAAAGGCCGAGAAGCCAAAGAAGGAGGCCAAGCCAGCUCCAGCCGCCGCUGCUGCUCAACCAGAGGAUGAUGAGCCAAAGGAGGAGAAGGCCAAGGAUCCAUUCGCAGAGAUGCCAAAGGGAACAUUCGUUUUGGAUAACUUCAAGAGAUCUUACUCCAACGAAGACACCGCCACCAAGGCCAUCCCACACUUCUGGGAGAACUUCGACGCCGAGACCUGGUCGAUCUGGAAGUGCGAGUACAAGUACCCAGAAGAUCUCACUCUUGCUUUCAUGAGCUGUAAUCUUAUCAACGGAAUGUACCAAAGACUGGAGAAGCUUAAGAAGAACGCUUUCGCAUCCAUGAUCCUUUUCGGAACUGACAACAACUCCACCAUCUCCGGAAUCUGGGUGUGGAAGGGAGACAAACUCGCCUUCGAGCUCAGCCCAGACUGGCAGGUUGACUACGAAUCAUACACCUGGACCAAGCUCGACCCCAAAUCCGAGGCCACCAAGAAGGAAGUCAACGAGUACCUUCUCUGGGAGGGAGACUUCGGAGGCAAGAAAUUCAACCAAGGAAAGAUUUUCAAGUAA